CCGGCGGAGGCCUAGGGGUGAGAGGGCAGCUGGGGGAAGUGAGAGAGAGCUGCAGGAAGUGGGACCGGCCGGGAGAACACGUGAGAAAAGGCCCCUACUCUCCUUUAUCUUCAGGGGUCGGUAGUUUGGGGACAACUCAGGCCCGGUGUAUGGCCACGGAGUUACGGUGUUCGGACUCCAUGCCCUGUCACAACCAGCAAGUAAAUUCAGUCUCUACCCCAAGCUCCGAGCUGCCACGACCUGGCGACCUGAUUCCAGACCAUGCCGGGGCAAACAGCGCCUCCACUGCUAAAUUGACUUUUCUCACAGGGCACACCCAUUCUUCGGUAGAGGCCGAGCGGGACCCUCUGGCCUGCGGCGGUGCCACCCUCAACUCAGAUAACAACGGCUACAGUGGCAACGAUGACGCACCAGCCAGUGACUCCCCAGGGGACUGCGACGUCUCCCAGCAGAUCGGGGCGCAGCUUAAAUUGCUCCCUAUGAAUGAUCAGAUCCGGGAGCUGCAGACCAUCAUCCGGGACAAGACAGCCAGUAGAGGGGACUUCAUGUUUUCUGCGGAUCGUUUGAUCAGACUGGUUGUGGAAGAGGGAUUGAAUCAGCUACCAUAUAAAGAAUGCACGGUGACCACUCCAACAGGGUACAAAUAUGAAGGAGUGAAAUUUGAGAAGGGAAAUUGUGGGGUCAGCAUAAUGAGAAGCGGUGAGGCAAUGGAACAAGGUUUACGAGACUGCUGUCGAUCCAUACGAAUUGGAAAGAUCUUGAUUCAGAGCGAUGAGGAGACACAAAGAGCCAAAGUAUAUUAUGCCAAGUUCCCCCCAGAUAUUUACAGAAGAAAAGUCCUUCUGAUGUAUCCAAUUCUCAGCACAGGAAAUACUGUGAUUGAAGCUGUAAAGGUUCUUAUAGAACAUGGAGUUCAACCCAGUGUUAUCAUUCUACUUAGUCUGUUCUCCACUCCACAUGGUGCCAAAUCAAUAAUUCAAGAAUUUCCAGAGAUCACAAUUUUAACUACUGAAGUUCAUCCUGUUGCACCUACACAUUUUGGACAGAAAUACUUUGGAACAGACUAAGUUACUGAAGGAAAAUUAAUUUUCUUGUGUAAUAUUACAAUUAUGUUUUAAGUUUCUACCUGUUUUAUGAAUUUGCUUGAGAUAUCAGAGAAAAUUAUGCUUUGUAAUUUUUGAAAGUGGGUAUAGUAAAAAGGAAAUAUUUGAGGUUUAUUUAUUUUAUUUGGUUAUUUCUUGACUGUUGCACCAAAUUCAGUAAUGGAGCAUACACAACUCUCAGAAAAGAUUUUUAUAAUAAGCUUAUGUAAAUUGUUGAACCCUUAGUACAUUGAAAUUUUUCUCUAAUUUUAUGAACCUCUCAGUUUGAUGGUUGCUUGCAAAUAAAUCAAAAUGGGAGGUGGUUCUUCGGUCCACUAUAGUGCACAUCUUGUUUAGUUUGCUUUUAAUUCCAGGGAGGCUCAUGUAUGUGGCUGUUAUCAUCUUCCUCUAUUCAUUACUUGCUGAUACUGUACAUGCUGGUAACUUGGAAAGGAUAAAAAAAGAAUGCCUCCUGGAAUUUUACUUUUCCAUUAAUAUCCUCGCCUAAUCGGUAGCUCAUCAGUUAGAUCAUUAUGUUCUUCAUGAUACAUUUCCCACAUUGUGCCAUUGUUGGUCCGUGCUUUGCCAAGUGUAACAUAGUGAAGGUGGUGGGGCAUUUCCAGCAACUGGAACUGUAACAAAUUAACAUGGACUGAAGCAGGGAUCCCUGGAUGUUGACAAGGAAGGGCUAAGUACUGUUAAUGCCAUUUGUGCCCUAGGAAAUAAUUGGUGGUGGGGCAUUUCCAGCAACUGGAACUGUAACAUAAAUUAACGUGGACUGAAGCAGGGAUCCCUGGAUGCUGACGGGGGAGGGCUAAGUACUGUUAAUGCCAUUCAUGCCCUAGGAAAUAAUUGGUGGUGGUUUUUCUGAAGUGUGGGGGAAAGGAUGGUUUCUUGCUGGGUGUUAUGGCCAAUAGGUAAAUUAUAAUGCCUCAUUUUUAGUUUGGAGGUUUCUACUAGAGGUCUUUGAUUUGGAAAUUAGUUUUGCAUGUUUGUCAACUGUAGAUUGACAUGAAAAUGGGAAAAAUACCAUGAUUUAAAAAAUUCCUAAGAUUUAUGUGUUCAUCUAUGGGAUUCUGAAAGGAAGGGAAACUCAUUUUAGAAACCAGUGUUUGUGUUCUCAAACUUGCUUGUAAAACCCUGAUCUCAUUUUACAUUGAUAUUAAAACAUUUUAACAGUGGUUGCUGACUGAUUGCUUGAUUAAUUAUACUCCAUAGCCCAUUAGUCAACUGUUAUGGGCCUCUUGAUAAAAAAACACAGAGAAGAACAGAAGGCAGUGCUUUAGAACCAAAGCUGAGAAAGUCAGCAAAGACUGGGGGAGAGAAAUGAUUAUAGAAUGGGUUGCAUCUUCCCUUGGAGCCUUGUAAUACUAGACAGGCUUUAUAUUUUCCCCUUUGUCUUAAAAACUUAUAAUAAAACUGAACUGAUAUUACAAUUAUUUCAUGGUAAACUUUGUGUGUAUGUCCUUAGUGAAAUUAUCACCUGUACCUGUCAGUUAAAUAUUUUUAUACAGUGUGGAUUUUGUUUAUUCUUAAUUAGCAGAAGCUGUAGCUGAAGUCCACUAAACCCAAUUAUUGCCCUAUCCCAGGAAAGAGGUGAACCAGCAAAUUUAGAUAUAGACUAGAUUUACUGUAGAUUGAUGCACUGAAUUCAUUGAAAAUGAAUUAAUUGGACCACUAUAGGAGUCAGUGCAUCUAAGCUGGUGCUUAUGCUAGGGCUUCAAUAUUUUGGUUAAGGUGACUUUCCAGAGCAUCAGAUGAAUUCAUAUUCGAGUGUAGGUAUAAAACCAUUAUUUCAAGCAAAUUACUUCAUAUCAUCAGCUAUUUAGAUUUAAUGUGUUUGUUCCUUUUCACCACUGUACAUGAUUGGGAGUUGACUAUGUUUCUUUCCCACAUGAACGGAAUUUCUACUGAAAACAGUUUGAACUCUUCUGGUGGGUCAUAUUCCCCACCAGUGCUUGUCCUCUAGCCACCCCCAGCAGACAUUAAGAAAAAUUAUAACUACAUCAUCUGAAACUUGGAUCUGUUUAGCAAAUGAGGCUUUUAUUAUUUCUUGGGUUAAUGACUGCAGGACUGACUCGUGGGGAAAUUUUCUAAAUGAUACAAAAUUAACAGACUAUUCAAAAUAAAAUCGUUUUCAAUGACAGGAACUUCAGAGGAGUAAAAACUACAGAUCCUGAUUGAAGAAAGUCUUAAUACAAUAUAAAUGACACUCAAGAGUUUACAACAGUGUAUCUCAAAAGUUGAAUGUGCAUCAGAUUGAUGAUUGAUGUGGAGGGCCACAGAUAACUGGAUCUUACCUUUAUAGUUUCUGAAUCAGUAAGUCUAGAAUAGGGGCUAAAGAUGUGUAUUCCCAAUUCCCAGGUGUUGCUAAUGUGCUGGUCUGAUGACCACUUUUGAUUUCAGACAUUUCUUUUAUUAUACAAAUGUUUAAUGAUAUAAAUUUUCCUGUAAAUACUGAUUUAGUUAUGCCUCAGAAAUUUUGAUAUGUUCUGUUUUCAUUUGGGUCAAAAUA